AUGGCAUAUGAUCGGUAUGUUGCCAUUUGCCAUCCACUGCACUAUGAGAAGGUUAUGAACUGAAAAGCCUGCACUGAAAUGAUGAUUCCGGUGUGGGCUGCUAAUCUUGCCUAUGGAAUGUUGCAUACAAUUGGCACAUUUUCAUUUUUUUUUUGUUCUAACGUGGUCAACCAAUUUUUCUGUGAAAUUCCACAGUUGCUAAAACUCUCCUGCUCUGGGUUCAAUCUAGUUGAAGCUGGAGUUCUUGUAGCCAGUGCUAUUGUAGGAUUAGGUUGUUUUACAUUUAUUAUUGUAUCUUAUGCCAUGAUAUUCAAGGCAGUGCUAAGAAUCUCUUCUGAACAAGGAAGGCAAAAAGCCUUAUCAACUUGUAUUCCACAUUUUAUAGUAGUAUCUAUGUUUUUAGUAACUGGAAUCUUUGCCUACCUGAGACCUUCCUCUAACACCAGUUCUUACCUAGUUUUUGGGGUGACUGUUCUGUAUUCAAUUCUUCCACCCCUGUUCAAUCCAAUCAUCUAUAGCAUGAGGAAUAAGAAUAUCAAAUAUGUCCUGUCUAAACUGUGCAGAUUUUGA